GGGAGGGUGGGAAUGUGAAAUCAUGGAAACUACUCUGGUCUCUCGUUUUAGCGGCCAUUGCUAGGGAGACCAGUUACAAAACGACGUCGUUAGACGCAUUAGCCAGAGGAAGAUUUCGCUCCGUCGGCGAAGAAAGAACGACGACGAUUAGAAGACGAAAAUGGUGCACGGCGCCUACGACUCGUUCGAGCUCCUCAGAGAUUGCCCGACCAAGAUCGAAUCCAUCGAAGCUUACGGUCAGAAGCUCCUCCUCGGAUGCUCCGAUGGAUCUCUCCGCAUCUACGCUCCGGAAUCGUCCGGUUCGGACAGUUCUCCGGCCUCCGAUUACCAUUCUCAGGCUCUGGAGCAUCGUAAGGAACCGUACGUACUGGUGAGGAACAUGGUAGGGUUCUCGAGGAAGCCUCUGGUUUCGAUGGAGGUCUUGGAAUCGAGAGAGCUCCUUCUGUGCCUGUCGGAGUCGAUCGCUUUACACGGGCUUCCCAAUUUGGAGACCAUUGCCGUCAUAACGAAGGCGAAAGGCGCAAACGCCUAUUGCUGGGACGAUCGGAGGGGGUUCUUGUGCUUCGCGAGGCAAAAGAGGGUCUGUAUUUUCAGACACGACGGAGGCCGGGGAUUUGUGGAGGUGAAGGAAUUUGGAAUUCCGGACGUGGUGAAGUCGAUGUCAUGGUGUGGAGAAAAUAUAUGCUUCGGGAUUAGAAGAGAAUACGUGAUAUUGAAUUCUACAAAUGGAGCUUUGACGGAGAUAUUUCCUUCGGGAAGGCUGGCACCUCCUUUGGUAGUCUCUCUGCCUUCUGGUCAACUCCUUCUUGGGAAGGAUAACAUUGGAGUUUUCGUGGACCAAAAUGGGAAGCUUAUUCAAGAAGGGAGAAUUUGUUGGUCGGAGGCUCCUUCAGCUGUCAUCAUUCAGAAGCCAUAUGCAAUAGCUCUCUUACCAAGAUUUGUUGAGGUUCGGUCGCUUCGAGCUCCAUAUCCAUUGAUACAGACAGUUGUUCUUCGAAAUGUCCGGCGUCUUCUCCAGAGCAAUAAUUCUGCAGUUGUUGCACUUGACAAUUCUGUUUAUGGUCUCUUCCCUGUUCCUCUUGGCGCACAGAUUGUACAAUUAACGGCAUCUGGUAAUUUUGAGGAAGCUUUGGCGUUGUGUAAGCUGCUUCCACCAGAAGAUGCAAACCUUAGGACUGCAAAAGAGUGGUCAAUUCAUAUAAGAUUUGCUCAUUAUCUUUUUGAUAAUGGGAGCUAUGAGGAGGCCAUGGAGCAUUUUUUAGCUUCUCAAGUCGAUGCAACUUAUGUGCUUUCUUUGUACCCAUCAAUCAUUCUUCCGAAGACUUCUGUACCUGAGCCAGAGAAGUUGACGGAUUUAUCUUGGGAGACGCCACAUCUGUCAAGAGCUUCAUCUAAUGUGUCAGAUGAUAUGGAGCAAUUGCCUCCACAACACAUGUUAGAUUCUGAUGAGAGUGUAGCACUUCAGUCCAAGAAAAUGAGCCACAAUACUCUCAUGGCUCUUGUUAAGUUUUUACAAAAGAAGAGAUACAGUAUAAUUGAAAGGGCCACUGCUGAGGGAACAGAAGAGGUUGUUUUAGAUGCUGUGGGAAACAAUUUUGCGUCUUAUGAUUCUUCUAGGUUUAAGAAACUAAACAAGGGACGUGGUAAUGUUCCCUUCGGUUCUGGUGCUAGGGAGAUGGCCGCAAUCCUAGAUACAGCACUACUACAAGCUCUGCAUCUUACUGGACAAGCUUCGGCAGCUUUGGAGUUAGUGAAAGGUGUUAACUACUGUGAUGUAAAAAUAUGCGAGGAGAUUCUCCAAAAAAAUAAUCAUUACACUGCUUUGCUUGAACUAUAUAAGGGCAAUUCAAUGCAUCAUGAAGCUCUAAAACUUUUGCAUCAACUAGUAGAAGAGUCAAGAUCUACUGAAAAGCCAGCUGAACUAACUCAAACGUUCAAGCCUGAAUCAAUGAUUGAGUAUCUCAAGCCUCUUUGUGGGACUGACCCCAUGCUUGUCCUGGAGUUUUCAUUGCCUGUUCUUGAAAGUUGUCCAACACAGACAAUUGAGCUUUUCUUAUCCGGAAAUAUUCCAGCAGACUUGGCCAACUCUUAUUUGAAGCAGCAUGCUCCAAACAUGCAGGCCACAUAUUUAGAGCUUAUGCUUGCGAUGAAUGAAAAUGGAAUCUCUGGAAAUCUUCAAAAUGAGAUGGUGCACAUUUACCUUGCAGAGGUAUUCGAAUGGUACUCGGACUUGAGAGCUCAACAGAAAUGGGAUGAGAAAACUUACAGCCCGACUCGAAAGAAAUUAUUAUCUGCUUUGGAGAAUAUCUCAGGUUAUAAUCCAGAGGCUUUCUUGAAACGUCUCCCUGCUGAUGAAUUGUAUGAGGAACGUGCUAUUUUACUAGGAAAGUUGAACCAACAUGAGCUUGCCUUGUCUCUAUAUGUGCAUAAGCUUCAUGUUCCUGAGCUGGCAUUAUCCUAUUGUGAUCGUCUGUAUGAGUCCAUGCUUCAUCAACCAUCUGCAAGACCACUUGGCAAUAUAUACCUCACGCUUCUGCAAAUUUACCUUAAUCCUCAGAGAAUGACCAAAAAUAUUGAAAAGCGAAUAAGGAAUUUGGUAUCACCUCAGACAACAAGUAUUUCAAAGGUCAGUUCUGCGACUUCAGUUAAAAGUAAGAGUCGCUCGGGUAAGAAAAUUGUUGAAAUAGAGGGGGCAGAGGACUCUCGGAUCAGUCUAAGUAGCACUGAUAGCAGCAGGAGCGAUGGAGAUGCAGAUGAAUUAAAUGAGGAAGGUGGUUCUACUAUUAUGCUUGAUGAGGUCCUUGAUUUAUUGAGUAGAAGGUGGGAUAGAAUAAAUGGAGCUCAGGCCCUCAAACUUUUACCAAGGGAAACUAAACUACAGAACUUGGUUACAUUUCUUGGACCCCUUCUCAAGAAAUCCAAUGAAGCGUGCAGAAACUUAUCAGUGAUCAAGAGUUUACGACAGAGCGAAAACCUACAGAUUAAAGAUGAGCUCUACAACCACAGGAAAGCGGUCGUAAAGAUCACCGGUGAUAGCAUGUGCUCACUUUGCCACAAGAAAAUAGGGACAAGCGUUUUUGCUGUCUACCCGAAUGGGAAAACACUGGUGCAUUUUGUUUGCUUUAGGGACUCACAGAGUAUGAAAGCUGUGGGGAAAGGCUUGCCACUAAGGAAGCGAUGAUGACCAAAAUUCAUUGUUUGGUAAAAGCAAAUGUUCUCUCUCCUUUUGCUUCGUUAGUUUCGGAAUGUUGUGCAUAUGUACGAGUGUGAACACUGAUUGAAAUCAUACCAAAUCGAGUGGUAGAAAUCUGGUUUUUCAUUUGGCCAAGGGUCAUCUUUGUAUCUUGUUUGCAGAUAGUUUGGGUGGGAGUGAGAUUUAAUUCGUUUGCCCGAAUCAUAUAUUCGUUUUGUAAAAUUUGCAAUAUUUAUUAUAUUUGUAUAUUUAGAGAGAGAGAGAGAGAGAGAAUUUGACUGUAACUUAAAAGAAUUCCAUUGUAUUCAACUGAGUUUUGCAGUUUGAGCAUGUCCGUCUAAAAACAUAUCGUGGAAACUCUGCUGUAGAAUGUUGCCUUUCCCCUUUUCAAUUCUUUGAACCAGAAUAGCAUUGAAUGUUGCCUUUUCCCCUUCCAUUGUAUUCAACUCCGUAAUUUUUCUUCCACGUCUAGAAUUAGUAG